CGCGACCUCUGCCUGAAUCAACUUGGCAAAACCGUGACGUCCAAGCUUUGAUCAAAUGUUUGCGAGAAAAAAGAUACUAAAAGUACGAAACUUUGCAAUCGAUUCUUCCUCCUAUGCCGAAACGUUGCUUGUUCAACCGUGAUUGUUCAACCAACACUCGCUUCACAUCGUGCUGAUCUUCACACUGCUCAUCCACAAAGUGUAUUUAUAUCAGCAGACCAGGCCCGGAGUGCGCAGGUGCACCGCAGGGAUGGAACGAAUAUCCGUGCAGGAUCAUCGUGCGGUGUACGAACGGUUGUGCAAGGAUUAUUUGAAUUUGAAACUGUUGACACAGAAUGCCUGCCACGGUCCGGAACGGUUGGAGCGCUGCAAACAAUCAGUACGGCAAGAUAUCCAUUCCUGUCGCAAACUUUCGCGUAUCACCCAAUUCGAACAGCUUGUCGCGUUGAUGGAGCAGAGAAAUCUGCUAAGCCUCCUGAAGCCGGAUCUGAUCGAGCGGUUUGUGCUGGCACUGGACACAAAAGAGGUUGGCGGCGCACUCACCUCCUACAGGGAUGUGCUACGAUCGCACUAUGAACCUGUUCGUCGGUUCUAUUUGGAAGAUUUACGCCACCGGGAUCGUCGAACGCUGCUGGAGAAGGAGGUAGAAAGGAUUAAACUGCAAGAAGCUGCCGAACCGCCAGCAUUAACGCCACGGCCGCCCACUGCAACGACAAACGCAAAGCGCGAUGCGUAUCUCCGGCAGCGCGAGAGCAUUUACUCGCUGCUGCAGCUUGAAAUUGGCAAAAGCUGGAAGGUGUUUGGCCGGUUUUUGAACGUCCCGGCGGGCGAGCUGGACGAAAUCGAGGAACGCAACAGGCAGGAUCUCAAGACGCGCAUCUACGAGACGCUGGAGCGGGCCGAGAUGCAGUACGAUGACACUGCGCUGGACCAGUACGUUGGCCUGCUGCUGAAAGCGCUGGAAAGCAGCCGGCGGAAGGAUCUCAAAAGAAAAAUUGAAACCAUGUUACAACGAUAGAGUUUCGGAGAAGGAGUAGUGCAAGAUUCCCUUUACCACUUUACCUUUUUGGGGAGAGAUGCAAAAGCUGAAUGUGCUCAUAAGCAACAAACGAGCAUUGAAUCGUUAUUGAAUGUUGCUACAAGAAUUAUGUGAUAAUAAACAUUAGUUUCGGGUUUGAUUAGAAUAAUAAUAUUACCACAAAACGCUCACACACCAUAUUUUGAAUCAAUGUUUCAUGUUCUAUAUUUUUCGCAAUUGGUUUUCCUUGUUUUUUUUUUCGCACUGUAUAUAAUUUACGAAUAUACCUUGAUUAAACAUAAAAAAGUAAUUUAAACUGUAUUACAAAUUAAUCAAUCAGCAAAUCAGCUCCCUGUUCUACGCGAGCAGGCGUGUGUGGUUGUGUGUUCAGCCGAGUAAUGCUUAUUUAUAUUCAAAUUAUUCCAUAAACAAUAGUACAGAGUAGAUUAGUAGAGAUAGUUCCAGAAGUAGUAGUAGUAGUAGUAGUAGUUGGUAGUUGGUAGUACACAUGUGUUUUCAAUACAUAAUCGCAACAUCCAUUCUAUGGUAUAACCUUAACUAGCAAAAAAAAAACAUACGUACCAGCGCAAAACGAAGCUCUAGCUCUCCUCUCCCGCACACACCACCAUCUCAAGUCCGGCUAGCUAGUAGCGGCGCAGCUUGGACAGCGGAUGUGUAAUGCAUAUUGAUUACGUGUCUUCCUACUCCUUCUUCCGCUUUUUUCUCUCUCCUUUCAGUACGUAUCCCUUUUCUUUACCGACUGUGUUUCGUCGUGCUAAGCUACGAACGUUCCACACGAAACGAAACAAAACUCUCCCCGAAAAAAAAAACUGAUUAUAACGAUCC